GCACCUGCGCAGUCAUCCUAAAACCUUUACCAAGCAGCGAACACAGAAAGGCAGGAGAAAAAAUAGCGUUAUACGUGACGGUAAUUGAAAUAUGAAUGCUUAAGAAACAGCUAUUCGAAACAAUUAAGGUAGAAUACACAGAGGGCAGCACAGACGGUUCAAAACCAUCUAAGUGCCUCAGGAAGACGAACCUUCCGUCCAGUCAUCAGUUCGGUUUGUCGUAGAGGGAAGGAAGAGUGUUUGCCCAAAGAGACGCAGCGCAAGUGAAACCAUGAAUCCUGAGUAUGACUAUCUGUUCAAGCUGCUCCUCAUUGGAGACUCUGGAGUGGGAAAAUCCUGUCUUCUUCUCCGCUUUGCUGAUGACACGUACACAGAGAGCUACAUCAGCACCAUUGGAGUGGACUUUAAGAUCCGCACUAUCGAGCUAGACAGCAAGACUAUAAAACUGCAGAUUUGGGACACUGCAGGUCAGGAGAGGUUUCGAACCAUCACCUCUAGUUAUUAUCGUGGAGCCCACGGCAUUAUUGUUGUAUAUGAUGUGACCGAUCAGGAGUCUUAUAACAACAUCAAACAGUGGCUGCAGGAAAUUGACCGCUAUGCCAGUGAAAAUGUUAACAAGCUUCUGGUGGGCAACAAGUGUGACCUAACUACGAAGAAAGUGGUGGACUACACAACAGCCAAGGAGUUUGCUGACUCUUUGGCCAUCCCCUUCCUGGAGACGAGUGCCAAGAAUGCCACCAAUGUAGAGCAGGCUUUCAUGACCAUGGCAGCUGAGAUCAAGAAGCGCAUGGGUCCUGGGGCCACAGCCAGUGGGGACAAGCCUAACUUAAAAAUUGAGAGCACCCCAGUGAGGCAGUCUGGAGGUGGCUGCUGUUAAGAGAACCCCAGUCCUAAUCUCCCCAUCACUUGUGAAUCAUUCUUUAAUCUUCUGUCUUCCCUUUCCUUCACCCUUACCUUCGCCAUCUCAUCACUUUUACCCCAAACCCUCCACCCCUAACCUGCUCUUUUAGCCCCACCUUUCUUAUAGCACACCUGGGACAGGAAGGUUGAAAGGUCAGGUAGAUGAACCCUAUGGGUGCUAAGAUUUGAUUGAAACACGGUAAAAGGUUAAUUUUGUAGGUCUGCCAUAUUGGAGAAAGGCACGGAGUCCCUAAUGGGUAAAGAUGAUGAGAAGAAACAGAAUCUGAUCCAGAGGACAGAAGAAUAUGAUUACAGGGAUGAUUGGCAUUAAUACAGUGUAAUACAGACACUGAGAGACACACCCACUAUAGUAUAGUUAAAAGAGUACAAAAGAUUUUAUCACCAAACACAUUUCUUUUCUAGUUGUCUUCUUCACCCACCUUCAUUCCCAUCCCAUCGCAGCCCACACUGUUUUUUCCUGGAAAUAUUCAUGCUCUGCAGUUGCUCUGUUUGACAUAUUUUGCAGCAGUAACCUGCCUAAUAAUCGUCACAAAAGUUUCCCGCUGAGGCUCCAGAUGAAGCUCUCUCAGGCAACCUUCUCCAUCCACCCUACUUCAUCAGCUUCCUCCUAACCUGCAGUGCAAGGAUUCAGUUUUAACAUUUGGGGCCUUAAAUAUCUGCUGACAUCACAACGUAUUUCUUAGCUACCUGGUAAUAUCCAAUGUCUCUCUCUGUUUACUUGUAAGACACUUGUACUGAUGCCUUCAGUGUUCAAACCACAUCUCCUAACUGGGACUGGGUGGAUAAAAGUAGAUGGUAAAUCAGCUGAAAUGAUUGCUGUUGCUAUUGGUAAAGAAUGUAAUGAAAUUCUUUCCUUGAACCUGGCAGUAAUCAGCAACUCAUCUAAUGCCACAUGUUGACAUGAGAUCUGUACAUCAGGUUGUGGGAACUGUAAUUUAUGGCAUUAGCUUUCCUUUCUAAGCUGCUUGCCCCUUGAUGAUGUAACAUCUAGCCCAGAGACUUUCCAAUAAGACACUAAAUAAUUCUGUCAGCAGGUGGCAUUAUUCCACAUAGGCUAUAUGCAGGACAAGGAGGUGGAAGCAGUUAGCAUUAGCUUCAUUACUGCUGGGGUUUUAAUGAUAAUGUUUUUGUCUGACCCGAUAAGGUUUCAGAAUAACAUUUCAUGUGAAGCUAUGGUACAGAUGUCUCCGGUUCUGACAUGUUUCCAAGUCUCCCGUAUCUUUGCUGGGACAACCACUUGGACUCAGGUGUUUGGGUCACAGCUGUUGAACCCAUGGUCCCUCACCUAAUAGCUAGCAGUUUGUGCCUCACCUGUCAUCAUUUUGAGUGAACUAUUGUUUAUUGGGAGCUAACAGACACAAAUUGUCCUUUAUUAUAUCUGUUUUCUUAGAGUCCAGUUAAAAAGGAUUACUGUGCACCAUGUUGGGUAGCCAGAACAUCCUUUUUAAAUUAGCUACCAACCCUUGGCUAGCUUUUGCGGUUUAAUAUUAGGUACUUCAAUAUUUUAAUGAAAAAUGAAGAGUCCCCCUGGAAAUGAAGACAGUAAAAGUUAACACCUAACUAGAGUUUUUGUUAGCCGUUUAGCCUCCAGUUAAUGCAUCACUCACACUGGAGCAAAGUGGAGCAAGUCAUCUGAUCAGACUGGAGAACAUUCCAGUUGUAGUUAGGAUUGAGUUAGGAGUGUGUUUACAUGCCUGGAGUUCUGAACAGCUCUCUGCUUCUGAUAGCUGUGUUAGGUCUCAAUGACUUGGUGGCUCCUGCUGUAAACGAGAACUGGAAAUCUGUUAUUGAACAAAGCUCCUUCCAAACCUGGACUGACUGGAGUGGUGUUAAGAUUACUCUCACAUUACUCUUAGUAGUUGUGUAGCUGUAAACAUCAGCCUUGUCGACUUCAUCUGGUGUUUCAGGGACUGACUGGUCUUGGAUUAUUGACCGGAUAUGAACUCCCUGAUUUUCCCUUCCUGCCCAAGUCACUACUAUACUUCCACAGCUGGGUCCCCCUUUAAAAACCUAAACCGAGGAGAAAUAUGGCCUUCAGCAAAGUGUUCAAAAAGGCACUAAAUGGUCUGGUUCAGCAAACUACUGGUUGCCUGUCAUCACACUGGGGUCUGGUCUUUAUGAAGUUGAAUUUGAUCUUGAACAAAGCUAGAGCAGUAGGUGUGUACAGAGUAGGAAAAGAUCAGACUGGGUACUUCAAAGCUGUUUGGAUACACCUCGCCAUCACAGCAUCAUGCCAGUCUCGCUUGUGUAGAUGCUGAACAAGAAAUCCGAAAUAAAACAGUUUUAUUCACACAUUAGGAUGUUUGGGUUUUGAUUACACGUCUCCUUUUUCCAGCUGGUCUUAUAAUAUAGGUUACUGAUUGUGAUGUAUUCAUUGAAUACUAUACUGUGUUUAGUCCAUGGAAGCAUGAGAGGGGACACUGAUCUGGGUGGGAUGGCUGAUUAGGCGAGGUUGAAUAGAAAGAGUGGGGUUUUUGCUCAUGAAUGUGAUUCACAUUUGCUUUUUUUGCCUUUCACUUUUUCCUUUGGAUUAAUUUGGUUAUGGGGUUUUUUGUGUCAUUUGCACAAUUCUUUAUUGCUUUACAAUAGAUAAAUGCAGCAUUGGCACUCAUUAGAAGGUGUUUGAUAAAAACACCAAGUAAUAGCUGUCCAGUCACUUUUUUGUCUUGCUUGGCUUGUUCCCUUUGGUUCUGUCUUACUGCAAAGUUUGAUCAUGUCUUUUUCUGUACAUAUUAAAAAGAUAUAUGUAAUAAAAUUCAGAAAAACGACUGGAAACCCAGUCUCCUAA